AUGAACGUCAGGUUACUCAGUGCAUAUUUUGAAGCUACGGAGGGAGAAACGAACACCAGGAAGUACGCGGCAAGGUUGGCGGAACUCUGGGCAGAACAAUAUCCAGAAAAGUUAUUCAUCGGAAAACACCUAAUAGCCCAAGUCAAAAACAUAAAAACCAGAAAACUGCUCGCACCAGAUGAAGUCGAGGCGAUGAAAACAAACGCAAUAAGAUCCUCGACAGGCAGAACCAUCCAAAAUAUAAGAAGAAGCAUACAGCGGAGAAGCACAAUUGCACAACGUCCAGAGACUGCAGAAGAACAAUACGAGGAGGAACAACAAAUGAUGGAGACGGAAAGGGAUGAACAUACAACCGGAAUAAGAACAAUUUACGAACAAGUCAACCUGAAGUGGGAAGGAGUAAGGAUGGAUGCAAGACCAAAAAUCACCAAGGUCCCACAAAAUAAGAACACAAAGGAGAUCAUCCAAGCCAUAAAUAACACCUUGAAACCAGCAUUCAACAACACAAAAAAUCUUGAAGAGCUGUGUCACACCAUCUACUGUGCAGCCACCGUCGCGAAUAUCAUUUUAGAAACCAAGGCAGAAAACCGAACUCGAGAAGAACUUAAAGAAUUAAGACCACCAUGGGAACAGAGGAUAGAGAGAAAAAUAACAAACCUAAGAAAAGAGAUAGGUAUCCUACAUACAUACGUACACACCACAGCCCCUAGCAAAAAGGUCGAAAAGAAGAUAGAGAAAUACAUUUUCAUGCUUAAAAUCAAAUCAAAGACCAAGACCGAACAACGAGAACAACUGAAAAUCUACACAGAAACACUAAAGCAUAAAAUAGCCGCGCUAGGAAAUAGAUUAAGAAGAUACCACAAACGAACCCAAAGGUAUAAAGAUAACAACCUUUUCUCCAACAACCAACGGCAGUUCUUCAGAAAGCUAGAGGAAGGAAAGGGCGAGAAAACGACAAACCCACCACACCCAGAAGACAUGCGACAGUACUGGACAAAAAUUUGGACAAAUAGAGGCGAACACAGGACAACGGCGGCGUGGAUAGAGCGUGAAAAGAGAGAGCAUGACAACGUGCGAGAUAUGCCCGAGAUAAAUAUAACCGAAGAAGAUGUGAAAGAAACGAUUAGAAGGACGAAGAACUGGACAGCACCGGGCAUAGAUAACAUACACAAUUACUGGUGGAAAUCUUUCACACAUACACACCAAGCACUAGCUCGACUAAUAAGAAAGGCUUUAGAAGACCCACAAACCAUCCCGGAAUAUUUCACGCAGGGAACCACACUCAUGCUCCCAAAGAAGGGUGAUCUGACGCAGGCUAAAAACUACAGACCAAGAACCUGUCUACCGUCAGCAUACAAAAAACUCACCUCAACGAUAGGCCAUAAAAUACAAAUCCACCUGAAACAAAAUAACAUCAUGGCAUGGGAACAAAAUGGGUGCAGAGAAAAAGGACGUGGAAGUAAGGAACUCCUGUUGAUCGACAAGAUGCUCACCAGACAGGCAAAGAGGAGACUGAAGAACAUUUCGAUGGCCUGGAUCGAUUACCAGAAGGCAUAUGAUUCGGUACCACACUCCUGGCUUGUUGAGAUCUUGGAGAUAUACAAGGUGAACAGACUGGCAAUAAAUCUAAUCAAAAGCCUAAUGUCAACAUGGCGCACAACAUUAUCUAUUAAAACACGAACUACGACAUAUAGGACGGAAGAAAUCCAAAUUAGGAACGGCAUAUUCCAGGGCGAUGGAUUGAGCCCGCUACUGUUUUGCCUUGCUUUGAACCCCCUCAGCAACAUGCUAAAUAGUUCAGCGUACGGUUACACAAUCAACGAGCAAACCAAAAUAACCCAUCUUUUCUAUAUGGAUGAUCUGAAGCUGUUUGCUAGAGGGAAGAAACAACUGGAAGGAGAACUCGAACUCGUAAGAGGUUAG